AUUUCCAAGAUGUCAGCGCCCAUGUAAAAAGUGCGGGGGAAACGGUUUUCAAAAUUAAGACAGUUGCUACUGUUUUGACAGUAAAAAGUGGUUACCAACCAAACGACGAGAUGGCAGAUUACGAUGACGACGAUAACAUGUGGGACGAGGCAGGGGGAGAGUCCCCCGAUUUAGAAGAUGAAGAGGAGACUAUGGCUACCCAUCAGGAAUGUAUUACAGCUUUCGAAUCCAAAGAUUUCAUCAUGGAACCUGGAGUUUUCCAGUUUUUGAAAAGGUUUCUACAAGCAGGGGGAUCCCCUGAGCGGGUUGUGGAGAUGCUAUCUGAGAAUUACACAGCCGUUGCCCAGACCGUCAACCUUCUGGCUGAGUGGCUUAUACAGGCUGGCGUGGAUAUCAAAGUUGUACAGGAAAUGGUUGAAAAUCAUCUCAAGGCCAUGAUACUCAAACACUUUGACCCCAAAAAAGCUGAUUCUAUUUUUACAGAUGAAGGAGAGACACCAGCAUGGCUUGCAGAGAUGAUAGAGUUCCCCACAUGGAGAGAACUUUUCUACAAACUAGCUGAGGAUUAUCCAGACUGUCUCAUGUUGAACUUCACUGUGAAGUUGAUCUCCGAUGCGGGUUACCAAGGGGAGAUAACCUCAGUGUCAACAGCAUGUCACCAGAUUGAGGUUUUCUCCCGUGUGUUACGAACGUCUAUCACCAGUCUACUGGAAGGAGGUGAGGAGGCUGUGAAGAAAAACCUCCCAGAAUUCACAAAAAUGGUUUGUCACGGAGAACACACAUACCUUUAUAGUCAGGUGUUGAUGCACAUCCUGGCUAAUGAACCACGUGGAGGGUCCAACAUUCGUAGAUUAUGUCAGGAACUACAGAAUGGAGCUAAAGACCGGGGCCUGGAUGUGACACCAAUCACCCUGGCCCUCAGUGGGGCAGCAGCCUAUCCCCGGGCAUGCUCAGCUCUCUCCUCCAUGUUGUCACGGCAUGCCCUCAAUCCAGCAGAUAUCUCCAUCCUCUUCAAUAUGUACUCCGAGAUGAAUCCACCCCCUGUUGACCUCAUCCGGGUCCCAGCAUUUCUAGAUCUCCUCAUUGAAGCACUAUUCCGGCCGACAUCUCGAAUCAACCCUGAACACAAGGCCAAGUAUGUGUACGUGUUGGCGUAUGCGGCCAGUGUGGUGGAGACCUACAAGAAGGGAGUGAGGAAGAAUAUCGACCGAGGCGAGUUGAAGCCGACAACACAAGCUCUGGAGAGAGUACAGGUUUUGUGUGCAGAGAACAAAAGCUCAUCAGAGCUUAUAGCUGAUGUUUCUACGCUCUUCUUAAACAUCAAAUUCCCUGUGAUAGCAUUUGGAGUGCUCAAGUGGGUGGAUUACACUGUGACGGACACCAGUUACUUCAAGCUUAACACAGAUCACACUCCCCUACAUCUUGUGCUAAUUGACGAGAUUGUGACCAAUCACCACCUGCUCCACCUAAAAGCCCUGGAGCUGCUGGUGAAGCUGUUUGAGUCUCAGUUUGAGGAGCUGGAUGUCCUUGUGAGGCUGGAGCUGAAGAAGACGGUCCUUGACAGGAUGGUGCACCUGUUCAGUCGAGGCUUUGUCCUGCCUGUGGUCACUUAUGUCAAGAACUGUGUGGACAAACCGGACACCGACAUCUCCCUGGUCAGGCACUUUGUCACAGAGAUCCUAGACAUUAUUGCCCCUCCCUACACACCAGAGUUUGUCCACCUAUUCCUCCCUCUGAUAGAGAACAAGGCUAUCACAGGCUCCAUCAGGACAGACGACGGGAGUGAUCCAGUAUCAGAGUUCAUAGGUCAUUGUAAAAUGUCAUCGUACAUCUGAGGAGAGAAUCAAGAUGGUAUACCUCAAGCAAGGUAAUGUGGUAUUCGACAUGACAAGAAUAAUGUCCAGCCAACUGGGACCAGAGAAAGGCAAACUCUACUAUGGACUGGAGCAAGACCUCCGCUGUGGGCCACAACCUCUACUGUGGACCAGACAUCUCCUCUGGAGCAGCAUAUUCCUCCUACCAAAGCUGGUCUUUGUUGUGAACAGGUGUCACCUGGAGGAUUAUUCGCUAUUGACUGCAUGCCUGCUGGUCAGGCAGACAUAUGGAAAGGACACUACGGACUGAACAAUUUCCAAUCUUAAUGUCAUUAUGGAUGAAGUGAACUUCCCAAAAUGUUUUACUGUAAUGUGAACUGGUUGGGGAUGUCCCAUCUGCAGCCAUACACUUUUGUAUACACAACAUCAGCAAGGAACCAGUUCCUUACAUUAGUACUCGGCCUUAAAAUAGCAAGUCGACUAGUCAAACCUGCCAGAUUCUAGGCAUUCCUAUGACCAGGCAGUUUAUUUGUCAAAUUUUAAAACUUACUAAUGUUUUCU